AUGUCGCAGAUCCCGCGACGAGGUAGUGGUGAUGAUGGUUCGCCAUCCCCGUCUGCUUCGACUGCUAAAAAUCAGCCCGCCUACCCGCCCCUGAACAGCGGUCUUCCCCCUCGGGAUUCUAUGGGAACACGAUCGGACACCCCGUCGUCGCGCCCUGGGCCUGCUGCCCGCCAAAUUACGCCUUCUCCGUUGCACACCAGUUCACUGCCCCGGUCCUUUGUUCAUGACGAUUCUGCUUCGUCCCAGAGCCCGCUCUCUCCCAGAUCCAGUGCCAACGCCUCCCCUUCUCAGAACCGCUCGCCCAUUACCCGCCCAGCUCAUGUAACAUUCCCGGCGCCCCCAUCCAAAGCUGCCCCCAAUAGCUCCCAGUCACCAGAGAUGACCAGUGCAGAGUCGGCUGACACGGCUGACCGACCUGGAAAUAUGCCAAAGCCCGCCGGGGUAACAGAGCCCAAUCGAUCUGCAACAUCCUCGGUUAGCUCUCUUCAGUCGAUGCCCGGAGAUCGUCCACGCCGUGUGUUGCCUCGCACCUCGUCGAUUGAUUCCGCAAUCUCUUCCCUAUCCUCCGCCUCGCAGAAAUCAACUUUUGACGCCAACGCUUUAAGCCCAGCCGACAUCAGCAAUCUCAUCAAUGCGGCUGGCUCGGCCGAGGCAGUGAUUGUGCACCUUCUGAAAGAGAAACACCAUGCAGCCUCCCAAAAUUCGCAGCUCUGGAAAUUGGUUGACAAGCAAAGGACUUUAAUCCUUGGUCUAAACAAGGAUCUUGAGCGCACAUUCAAGGAGAAGGAGAAGUACAAAAAGAAGCACAAGGAGGUUCAAGACUCAGUGCCCCCGCUACCGACGGCGGAGCCAUUGGCCUCCUACACCGAAUCAACGUCCAAGACCACUUUAGAAAAGGCGAACGCCGAGAAAAAGAAUGAAUCAGGACCAGAUGACUUGUCCCUGCCGUCGGAGACAUCGAAGAUGCGUUCGGCCGUGGUCGUGGAUUCCACCCCCCGAGGCGAUCUAUCGCCCGUUGACAACGAAGGAAUCAAGCUUCCACAGCCAAGUCGCAAACCGCCACCUGCGCCCCUGAAGCUACAGCAAACCGGCAAUGCUAGGACGGAGCCUUCGGAAACAGACUCAGAUUCUGAUUACGGCGAUGUCCAGGAAGUGGAUGAGACGCUUGGCAUGGACCGCGGAAGGAGAAAGACGAGAGAAGAAGAUGAUCGAGACCGCGAAACGACCCUGAAGAAUGAAGUGGGCACAUAUGGCUCUACCGGGGCGACUCAGUCCGGGAUGUCUCAGAACUCACGGGAUACCGCUACUUCGGUUAGCCCAGAAACAGUCCCUCGGGAACUGUCAACACGAUCGCCACCAAAUGUUGGUGGAGCUGAUUCCCUAGGAUCAAUCUUGAACUCCCGGACUCCGCAGGUGGCAUCUUCCAACGGCCGUUCGAAUAUCUCCAUUCCCAAAAGCCCUGGGCUACCCUUGAGUCCGAGACCAGAGGACCGACCCCUCGGUUCUCCCCUACCUCGAAUGCCUCGGGACAUGUCGAAUUCCAUGGCGUCCCCAUCAAUGGCCACCGGGUAUAAUAACCUCUCAGGGUUGCCCCUCUCUCCGCGGACCACAAACUACCCUCCGCCAUUCACCUCUGGAGACUCCCAUAUCUCAAAUGGGAACCCCGCCGGCCUUAUUCCAUCAAUCGAUCCCACAGUCAAGAUCGACAGCCCGAACUCCCCACAGUUUUUUGGCAGCAGCAUCUAUCAGGGAUUGGUGUCUGAGGAGUAUCCCGGCUUGCUUCUGCCCCCGAAUGCUCUUCCUUUGAUUCAAGUCACGGUAUCCUCCUCACGGCUACGUCCUUCAAGGAAUAGCUACAUGGCCACCAAGCCGUUGGAUGAGGAGCCCGUCUUUACUCUCAGCGUCAUCUCUCGUUCCGAAAACUCGGAGCUCUGGCGUGUGGAAAAAGUCAUUGCGUCCUUGCCCCAGCUAGACCAGCAGAUAAGACAAUUGUCCUCGUUCCCUGGGAAGUUGCCCGAUCGAAGCAUCUUCAGUGGCCAUUCCCCCGCCAAAGUAGAUGCGAGACGCGCAGCCUUGAAUUCUUACUUUGACAACCUGCUAGACACGCCCAUGGAUGAGAAAGCGGCAUUGGUUAUCUGCAAUUUCUUGACAAGCGACGCCAUCGAACCAAGAGACGACGAGACGAGCCUCCUCAGGGGGCACGUGCAAUCACGGCCUGACACACUUCGUGGUCCAGACGGAAAGCCUCGAAAGGAGGGAUAUCUGACCAAGCGAGGGAAGAACUUUGGCGGCUGGAAAGCGAGGUACUUUGUACUUCAUGGGCCCGAACUAAAAUACUUCGAGGCGCCGGGUGGUCCUCACAUGGGCACUAUUAAACUGUACCAUGCCCAGAUUGGCAAACAGUCACAAUCUUCCAGCACCCAAAGCACGCCGCCUCCGGGUGCCGAUGAUGACUCUGACAAUCAAUAUCGCCAUGCGUUCCUGAUCUUGGAACCCAAGAAGAAGGAUUCAUCGGCGCUUGUGCGACAUGUACUUUGCGCCGAGAGCGAUGACGAGCGUGAUGCUUGGGUCGAUGCUUUGAUGGAAUACGUGGAGAACCCCUCGUCCGAGAAUGAGGGACGCAGCAACACCUCGGCCAAGACCCAAACGCAGAGCCAAAUCAAGCAGCCGCCUCCCGCAGCCGCAACUAAAUCGAAGUUGUUCGCUAGCAACGGCAGCAGGAGAGCUGGCAGAGGGGUCGAAAGUCCAGAUCAGGAUGCUGGGGGCUUCGUGCAAGGGUUCAGUUUUGAUGAUGCAGUUGCGGCCGAGCCUCCGAUUCUCGGGUCUUCGCUCGAACAGGCCCCUCGAUCGCCACGGAUCCCGGCCGCCCUUUCGACAGACUUGAGAGACAUGAACCAAUCUGCCGUUGAUCCGCCGCUGCAGUCUCCCAAGAUUAUCUCGGCGCCCACCAAUGGUGCGGUCAUUCAAGACGUGGAAGCUUGGGGCAAUAAAGCAGCCACGUCCACCAAAGAGAAGAAGCGCAGCAUCUGGGGUUUCCGUACCCGAUCCUCCUUUGAUCUCGCCUCCCAGGCCCAGGCUAGCAAUGACGUGGCCGUGGCAAACCAAAACAUCCAAGCAGAGCGGAAAGAUCCAGUCAGAGCUGUCUUUGGAAUACCCCUGACCGACGCUGUACGAUUCUGUGCGCCACAGAAUGUGGAUGCCGAGCUGCCGGCGGUGGCCUAUCGCUGUAUUGAAUACCUCCACGCCAAAGGAGCAGCAUCUGAGGAGGGAAUAUUCCGUCUGAGCGGCUCCAAUGUCGUGGUCAAAGCGUUGAAGGAACGAUUCAACACCGAAGGCGAUGUUGAUUUUUUAGCUGGCGAUCAGUACUAUGACGUCCAUGCAGUCGCUUCUCUCUUCAAGCAAUACCUUCGGGAGCUUCCAACUACCGUGCUGACGCGGGAGCUUCAUUUGGACUUCCUUCGAGUUCUCGAACUCGAUAGUCGACAGAAGAAAGUCGCUGCCUUCCAUUCACUAGUACACAGGCUGCCCGGACCAAACCUAGCCUUGCUGCGAGCACUAUCGCAGUUUUUGAUUGAGAUCGUGAACAACUCCGAUGUCAACAAAAUGACGGUUCGGAACGUGGGCAUUGUCUUUGCCCCUACCCUCAACAUCCCGGCACCGGUGUUCUCGAUGUUUCUCACAGACUUCGACAGUAUUUUCGGCGACUCUUCCAAUCCCACCCCAGCAAAUGUGGAGCUGACGGUCGACCGCACUCUGUUGGCCGAUGAUGUUCGCUCGCCCCGCCACCAAAUGUUCUCGGAUAUUCCCACGCCCUCGUAUAACCAAACCUCGUUUCGGGUCACGGGGGAUCUUCCGAAUAACCUAGGUGACAGCUCUCGAGCUCAGCAUGAUACCGGGUUCGUCCCGAUGCAGCCCAGCUACGACCAGCCGGCCUACCAGAAUGACAUGUACAACCCCCGCCAGGAGCCUCUGGUCCGUUUUCUUCAUUAA